CGUCACGGAUACGAAGCAGCGAAGAAGAGCGUGAUGGCGUGUCGUUUGCCGACGCCAGGCGGCGCUGUCGUAAUCGCCGGGCGCUUUUGGCACCAGUGUGUUAUUGACUGGCGGCAGACAUGGCGGAGUCGCAGGAGGGGAAGUCUACAUGUACGUUUUUGUUUAAGAAGUCAACCAAGAAGUUUUCCGCUCGCAAGAGGAAAGCAAGUGACAGUGAUAAAGGCAGCAACAGCGAUGAGGAGGGGAACAGGGUCGUUAGACGGGAGAAAAAGCCCAGCGUCUCCAACCCCAUGAUACAGAAGACAAAGCGGACAGAGAGGGAGGCGGUGAGCUCCAGUGAGAGUGAGGAAGAUAAGGAGGCGAAGGUUAUGGUGGCGUACAAGUCCACCCGAUCGGCUAAACCCGAGGGCCCGGAGGACAUGGGUGCCACAGCUGUGUAUGAGCUUGACACAGAGAGGGACAAAGAUGCUCAGGCCAUUUUUGAGCGGAGUCAGAAGAUCCAAGAGGAACUUUCAGGAAAAGAGGAUGAUAAAAUCUACAGAGGUAUGAACAACUACCAUAAGUACAUCAAACCCAAGGAUUCCACCAUGGGAAACGCAUCCUCUGGUAUGGUCAGAAAGGGUCCCAUCCGUGCUCCGGAGCAUUUAAGAGCGACUGUACGCUGGGAUUACCAGCCAGAUAUCUGCAAGGACUACAAGGAGACUGGCUUCUGUGGUUUCGGGGACAGCUGCAAAUUCCUACACGACCGCUCCGACUACAAGCACGGCUGGCAGAUCGAAAGGGAGCUGGACGAAGGGCGAUACGGCGCCAACGAUGAAGAGAAUUACGAAGUGAGCAGCGACGAAGAGGAUUUGCCCUUCAAGUGCUUCAUCUGCCGGGAAUCCUUCAAGAACCCCAUCAUCACCAAAUGUCGUCAUUACUUCUGCGAAGCCUGUGCCCUCCAGCACUACCGCAAGUCCAAGCGCUGCUACGUCUGCAACGUGCAAACCAAUGGUGUCUUCAACCCAGCCAAAGAGCUGAUGGCCAAAAUGCAGAAGCAUGAAGCCAAGAUGGACCAGCCACCAUCUGACGAGGAAGAUUAGCAAAUCCUGCUUUGUGCUUUUACUGCCCCCCGCCCCCUGCUGUAGACAUGUUGUACAGUAUCCUGCUUUUAUAAAUAAAGGCCUUUUUUAAAA